CGGGCCCGCGCCAUGGAGGCCUGGGUGCGCUUCAGCGCCCAGAGCCAGGCCCGGGAGCGCCUCCUCAGGGCCGCCCAGUACGCCUGUGUCUUGGCCGGGGCCGCGCUGAGCCGCUCCGCGAGCAGCUCCGGGGGCAGCUCCGGGACUCUGAGCCGGCUGCAGCAGCUGGAGGCGCACCUGAGCCUGGGCCGCAAGCUUCUGCGUUUGGGGGGCUCAGCUGAGGCUCUGGGGGGGGCCCAGCGCUCGCUGCACCUCCCUGACCCCGUGCUGCGUUUCUGCCUCACCCUGUCCCACCUGAACCGGGCUCUGUUCCUGGCCUGUGACAACGUCCUGUGGGCUGGGAAAACCGGGAUCCUGCCCGGCCUGGCCAUGGAAAAAUGGAGCCAGAGAUCCUUCAGGUAUUACCUCUUUGCCCUGGUGGUGAACCUCAGCAGGGACGCCUACGAGGUCCGGCUGCUGCUGGAGCGCGCUGAGGCCGCCCGGAAACGCGGCAGGAGCCCGGAGAGCAGAGCCCAGCUGCAGGCCGAGGGCAGGAUGCAGCACCUGCGGCUCCAGCUGCAGCUCCAGCUGCAGCUGCUGCUGCAGGUGCUGAGGGACAACCCCCCCGUGCUGCUGGACCUGCUGAGGAACGCCUGCGACCUGGUGAUCCCCCUGGAGAAGCUGGGGCUGUGCAGGAGCAGCCCCGCCAUCGUGGGGUUCUGCGGGCUCGCCUCGUCCCUGCUCUCCAUCAUCACCAUCCUCCACCCCUGGCUCAAGCUGAAGCCAUAGUUAGCCUUGAGGAUUUGGGGGAUUUUGGGAUUUUGGGGGGUUUUGGCACCUCUGGAAGUGACUGGUGGUUGUGACUGGCUGGUGCCAUUGCCAUCAUUCCUGACUCUUUGGAGCCACAAAGUUCCAGCAUUGGAUCCCACAGGGACAUCAGCUCCCCAAAUGUGGUUUUGUUCCUAUUGACUUUUCCAGGAAUUUUAGGGGUUCAGUGUUCCCCCUUUCUUUUUGGGAAGAGCCCUUCACAUGGAUCCAGGGAAUAUUUGGGGCUGGAAAAUGUGGAUUUUGGGGCUGGAAAAUGCGAAUUUUGGGGCUGGAAAAUGUGGGGUUCUGCGGGCUCACCUCGUCCCUGCUCUCCAUCAUCACCAUCCUCCACCCCUGGCUCAAGCUGAAGCCGUAGUUAUCAUUGAGGAUUUGGGGGAUUUUGGGGGAUUUUUGGGAUUUUGGGGGGUUUUGGCACCUCUGGAAGUGCCAUUGCCAUCAUUCCUGACUCUUUGGAGCCACGAAGUUCCAGCAUUGGAUCCCACAGGGACAUCAGCUCCCCAAAUGUGGUUUUGUUCCUAUUGACUUUUCCAGGAAUUUUAGGGGUUCAGUGUUCCCCCUUUCUGUCUGGGAAGAGCCUUUCAUGUGGAUCCAGCUAAUGGAGAGUAUAUGGGGCUGGGAAAUGUGGAUUUUGGGGCUGGAAAAUGUGGGGUGGUGUGGGCUCACCUCGUCCCUGCUCUCCAUCAUCACCAUCCUCCACCCCUGGCUCAAGCUGAAGCCGUAGUUAUCAUUGAGGAUUUGGGGGAUUUUGGGGGAUUUUUGGGAUUUUGGGGGGUUUUGGCACCUCUGGAAGUGCCAUUGCCAUCAUUCCUGACUCUUUGGAGCCACGAAGUUCCAGCAUUGGAUCCCACAGGGACAUCAACUCCCAAAAUGUGUUUUGUUCCUAUUGACUUUAAGGGAAAAAAAUAGGGGUUCAAUGUUCCCCCUUUCUUUUUGGGAAGAGCCCUUCACGUGGAGCAGCUAAUGGAGAAUAUUUGGGGCUAGAAAAUGCGGAUUUUGGGGCUGGAAAAUGCGGAUUUUGGGGUUGGAAAAUGCGGGAUUUUGGGGCUGGAAAAUGCGGAUUUUGGGGCUGGAAAAUGCAGAUUUCUUGGGGCUUCUCCUGGCUUUUUUUGGGGGGUAAAGCCACGGGGUUGGGGUGAUUCUGGUGCCAGAUAAUGCAUCCAACCCCGAAUUGUUUGGAUAUUUUUUUUCCUGCCUUAUAAAAAAACAAAAAUCCGAGUGCAGGGAGAGGAGAACGUGUGUCAGGGAUAAAUCCAUGGCUUUGGGGGCUCCAAAUUCUUAAAUUCCAGAGGUGGAUUUUCCUUGGAUCUGUCCCUGGGAGUGCAGGAAUUUUUGGGAUAUUCUUAAAUUCCAGAGGCAGAUGGUCCCUGGGAGAGCAGGAAUAUCUUGAAGGAUUUUUUGGGAGCUCCAUCCCGAACUCCUGGGCCCAUCUGGGCUGUGCCAAAGGUUUUUCAGGCAUUGAAGGCUUUGGAGCAGGGUGUGAAUCCCAGUGGGAAUUGGGUGGGAAGCGCUCCAGGGGAUCCCACGUGUCCGUGUAAUUAAUUAAUGAAUAAUUGAAUUAUUAAAGUGCAGCAAACACGGCCUCAAACACUCCCGGAGCUCUUGGGGCCGUGGCCCUUCCCCGUUCAGGGGGAGGAAACUGGGGCUGAUGCCCCCUAAAACCUGGCUCUGAUAUUAAACCUGGUUCUGAUAUUAAACCUGGUUCUGAUAUUAAA